AUGCCGAAAGUGAAAAGAUCAAAGAAACCAGAUACCAUAUCUGAACAACCUCUGUCUAAAAGGAAGAAGAAGACGACCACAGACUUGAUUUCCAAAGAAACAGUCAGAAAUUCUAAACCAUCGAUGGCGGUGGUGAACUUGAUUAAAACAGUAAAGAUUAAAUAUACUGCAGCUAAAAAUGAGAAAUAUGCUGCAUUUGUUACAAAGUAUAUGAGGAACCAAUUUGAAUUUCUGGGUUUGAGGUAUCCCGAAAGAAGAGCCAUUAACAAAGAGAUAUUUGCAUCUCAUAAAAUGUUAUCACAUCUAGAAAUGUAUGAUAUGUUUUAUUUAUUGUGGGAAGAACCAAUAAGAGAAUACCAAUGUUUUGUAUUGGAUUAUUUUGAUCAGUAUAUUAAACAUAUUAAUCAACCGAAAUGGAACGACCAGAAUUUCACCGUCUUAAAACAUUUGAUAACUCAUAAAAGUUGGUGGGAUACAGUAGAUGAAUUGGCUUAUAAAGGUGUGGGUAGACUAGUUGCUAGUGAUAAGAUGAAAUAUAAUAAACUAAUGGAUGAAUGGAUAGAGGAUGAUAAUAUGUGGUUAAGAAGAACAGCUAUUUUACAUCAGUUAAUGUAUAAAGACGAUACAGAUACAGAUAGAUUAUUCAGAUACUGUUUAAAAUGUGCUCAUGAGAAAGAAUUCUUCAUACAGAAAUCUAUCGGCUGGGCAUUACGAAAUCAUUUUAGAACAGACCCUAAAAUAAUCAAAGAUUUUGUGAAGAAAAAUGAAGAUAAACUGGCACCAUUGAGUAAAAAGGAGGCUUUGAAACAUGCUUAG